GCUGGGCGUGUAUCACGUGACUUCUGUAAAAGUCUGCUGUGAAGCUAAAAAACAGAAACAGAAUAUUGAGCUCUUUAAAUUGACUUUCAUCCCGACAACAAACUACAAACCGCGACAUUAAAAUGGUUUAAGACGCGGAUUUAGGUGGAUCUAGACUUCAGAGGUUUACCAGCAGAACCGGGUUCUCUGCCAACAUGAAGACGGACAUUCCCUACAACCAGCUGGAGGAUUUGGACUGGAACCGGAGAGGAGCGAGCAGACGAACGCCGCAGGAUCGUUCUGGUGGAGAGCAUCCCGGUGGGUGUGGAGUUCAACUCCAGCACCUCCCACCCCUCCAUCUUCCAGGCGUGGAUGAGCCUGAUGAGCGAGGCGCGCAGCAGCGUGGACAUCGCCUCCUUCUACUGGACGCUGACCAACAGGGACACGGGGACGCAGGAGCCCUCAGCCGUGCAGGGAGAGACGGUCCUGCAGACGCUGAGUGAACUAUCAGGGAAGCUGAAAGUUCGGAUUGCAGUGAACACACCGCAGGAGAAACAGCGAGAAGACCUGAGGCUCCUGAACGACUCGGGAGCUGACAUCAGGAUGGUCAACAUGAAGGCUCUCACCUCCGGCGUCCUCCACACCAAGUUCUGGAUUGUAGACAAGAAGCACGUCUACAUCGGCAGCGCCAACAUGGACUGGAGGUCGCUCACUCAGGUGAAGGAACUGGGCGCCAUGGUCUACAACUGCAGCUGUCUGGCUGAAGACCUGGGUAAGAUCUUUGAAGCGUACUGGUUUCUGGGGGCCAGUCAGUCCAUCCCGUCUCCGUGGCCCCCCAGCUUCUCCACCCAGUUCAACAAGGACACGCCCCUCCAGCUGGCCCUCAACGACACGCCGUCCAGCGUUUAUCUGUCGAGCUCCCCGCCGUCCUUCUGUGCCGCCGGCAGGACGCCAGACCUGCAGUCCAUCCUCAGCGUGAUGGAGGACGCCGAGAGCUUCAUCUACAUCGCUGUCAUGAACUACCUGCCCACCAUGGAGUUUUCUAGACCGCAAAGGUACUGGGGCGACAUCGACACGCAGCUGCGGCGGCUGGCCUACGAGAGGAAGAUCAAAGUUCGUCUGCUGAUCAGCUGCUGGCCCAACUCUCAGCCCGUCAUGUUUCCCUUCCUGAAGUCUCUGGCUUCCGUUUACGACCCCAAGAGCAAACUGGACAUCCAGGUGAGGCUGUUCGUGGUGCCUCCAAACCCCGGACCGGAGAUUAAAUACGCCAGAGUGAACCACAACAAGUACAUGGUGACGGAUAAGGUGGCAUACAUCGGAACAUCCAACUGGUCGGGGGAUUACUUUCUGCACACGGCGGGCUCCGCGCUGGUCAUCAACCAGACCGAGUCCCGGUCCGAGGCGCCGACCGUCCAGGCCCAGCUGCAGGCUGUGUUUGAGAGGGACUGGGAGUCGGAGUACAGCACCCCCCUGACCCACAGCUCAGACCGCACAGACUUCUGCUAGCCGUCCUCCACAUCCUGUGACUCUUGUUUGACACUUUCUCCUCAGCGCUGAAACUGUGGUCCUCACAAACAUAAACUUUGGCCUCACUGGGAGCUUUGAUCCCAGAUCAUCUCAGGGAUGAAACUUUAGUGUUUGAGAUAUUUUUUUAAUCAUCAUGACAUUGGAAGUUCAGACUGUUUCAUGCUUUAACUGUGAAAAUCUGACUUUUAACUAAAUAAAAACAUAAAUUCUGCAGAACAUUUAUUGGAUUGAAAGGAUUUUACAUUUGUGGAGCGACGAUCAGUUCAUCACUUAUCAACUCAUCAAUGGUCGCCUCCUGCUGACCAGAGGGAGAAUCACAGCUAAACUAGACUGAACCGGAUCCUUGAAGACGAUGCCACAAUGUUUAAAGAGAUAAAAAAA